CGCGACAACCCAAACCACCAAGCACCCCACCGCCACCACCAAGCACAACAGCAACCAUGGCCCGCCUCGCCGGACUCGUCGGCGGCACAGUCCUCACCUCCUUCAGCGUUUACCUUGCGACGUCCUCUCUGCGCGAGCGCACAGCGCGCAACUCCCACACGCUCCGGGAAUGCCGCUCGCGUCUCGAGGCGCUCCGGAAGCCUGCCACUAUUCCCGAGACGCCGCGGCCGUAUCUUGCGCGACCUAGCAUUGUGGAGACGAUCAAGGACCGGUGGAACGCAGAGCUUGAGGGUGUCUGGAAGUGGGCGACGAGUCUGGAUCAGGUCAAAAUCAGAGAGGAUGUGGAGGAGAUGGUCGGGAACAUCGUUAGGAACUUGCAGAAGUAGGGUGAGUGCUGCCGGUUUUGUUUGGCGAGCAAGGGGUGGGGAAAAGGGCGGACUACGAGAGGAGUGGAUUGCGGCGGAGCGCGAAAUAGGAUCAUGUCUCUGCUUUUGAGCUUGGAGUUUGCGCUCCAGUCCUCCACUCCGCCUGUGUUUCCCUAGAUUCUCUCUUACGGCUGUACAUAUCGUUAAGCAUCCGCUGAUUCGUCUUCAACUCAUAGGUAC